UCAAAAUGGAUUUCUAUUCGGACAACCGUUUCUGAGCGCUGAUUGGCUAAAAUACGAACACGAGAUCACCUGGUUGAUGGUAGGGCAUAGCUCCGCGGUCUAUUUUGGUUAUUUUAGUCUUUUUAGACUGUGAAUAUUGCCGAUAGAAGAUUGAAAACCUUGAGAUAAUCGUAAUGGCCAGUUCUAAUAGUGAAGGAUCGUCUAAACAAGUAAAGCACGAAGACUUGGUGCUGUUUAUGAACAGUUUUGCUUCUGAAUUUAACAACGAUAAUUUGCAUGAUCGUGUCUUGGUCUUUGAAGUCAUCGAGAAGUCGGAAGGUAGGAAAGUUAGAUACUUUCAACCGCCAUACUUUUAACAGACCGAGGUCUGGUAUAUAUUUUCUUUAGAUUUACUAGAUUAAUGGCGUUGCAAGAUUUUUAAUAGGCUCUGUCUGACCCUCGAUGUACUAUCGAAGCCGAUGUACCACCUCGUGUACCACAACAACUGGAAUUUUUGAAAGGAAAUCAAAAGGAGCCCACCCAGUGAUGUAACGCAACAUCAGAACCCCCACUAAAGAAUAGGCUGUAUUUUGAAAUGCGAGAGGCACCACUUUGUGCAGUUGUGCUCAAAGCAUGAACAACAAUUAAUGAAGUUGAAUAUGUUGAAAAGAGACAGAUAGUUAAAAUUGAACAACUGGCGACUAAGCAAGACAACAAUAACUUGAAACACAUUUUUGUGGCAUAUAUUUUGGGCAGAGAAGUGCUCGAAAACAGUUCUGGCUGAACUGUCUAGAGGCUUCUUGCCAUUGCUUCUCACUAACCUAAGUUUUAUCUAGAGAAAUAGGCGAAUCUCUAGACUGCAGAGGGCAUGCUUGACUCUGUGCAUGUCGCUCAGCGAGUUGAGACCUACUUGGACUGGUGAACAACUAUUGGUAUAGGGCACAUUACCCAGGGUACUCAAAGCUGGCUGAGGAUACAUGCAAAAACUGUAGGUUGUUCUAGAGGAACAGGCGGACCUCUAGAUAACAGGGGAACAGGCGAACCCCCGUUCAGAUCCGUUAGGCCGUCGACAUUGAGACCUAGUUGGACUGGUGAACAACUAUUGGUAUAGGGCAGAUUACCCCAGGACGCAACUGAUAACCUGACUGACCACAUCGACUCUCUAGGUCUGCUCAUUCAGGUCUUCAGUGCGACCUGAAUGAGCAGUGAUUGCGCUUCAGGUGGUGAAAUGUUGUCGAUCGGACAGCACUUCCCUGCCAGUAUUUAAAGGGUUAUUGACUGAGCGUGAGGUCUGUACUGUGAAAUAUCAGACCGAAGUUUUUUAUUAUGGACCGAGCCACGAAGGAGCGAGGUUGGAGGUCCAUGCAAAAACAGAGGUCUAACAUUUCACAGUACAGACCGAACAAGUGAGGUCAAUAAUCUGUUUAUUAUAUGACUGAACUGAUUCUGUGAGCAUAUGCUUUUCGCGUGAAUUAAAUCGGCUAUUGUCAGUUUCACUGGGUAACAAUAUACGGUAGGCAUGCAUGCUCAAUCAAAAACAAUUUGGUUGUUUGAAAUUUUUAUCUGUAAAGCGCAAUUGGAAAUUUACAGUAAAAAGAAAAAAAAUUUCUGUUUGCAAUGAAAGCAAAAAUUUCCCGCCAGAUAAACGACAUCCGGGACACCGGUCCAGAUACGGAAAAUACAGACCACGGUCCGGAUAUGGGUUUUUACGGACCGCUUGUCAACCAAUCAGAAUAGAGAAUUUUGAAAAGCCAUAAUAAUAAAUAAAAACUAGAAAAAUGUAUAAAUGAUACAGUACAUAAUCUUAGUUAUAGAAUGAGUAACAUACCAAAUGUGUAUUAUUGUGUUGGAAAUCAUUGUGCAGUCAUGUGCAUUGCCACUUUCUCUCUGCCCUUCUGUUACAAGGCAGAAUAAAGAACCACAAUCUAAAUCCUUUAAUAAUCUUAUGAUGCAAUAUGAAAAGUGAAAUGUUGGGAAUUUCUUGACCACCCUCCCCCUCCUUGUUACUUAAUGCCCCAUCUCUAAUAAAUGGAUGUCCACUCUAAUUAGGAAAAGUAAUACAUGUAAAAUGUUAAACAACACAAAAUAGUCCAUUGUGUGUCCAUUAACAGAGGCCCGGGUUGUAUUCUAAGAUCUAUCUUUAAGAUUGUGAUAGUAACUCCUAGUAUAAAUUUGCCUCCAGGGGGAUGAGUGAUUUGUCAAAUCUAAAAUUCCCACGCUGUGCAUUCACAUUUUUAUUAUAGUAAAUGCGCAUUAAUGUACAAGGCUCACCGGUACUGAGACAGAGUAUAGCGGGAGGGCACUCAGAGACUGGAUACUGUACCUCUGCCAGCGAGCAAGGGCAUAACUUGGGUUUAAAUAUUUGGUGUGUGUAGAGUUGCUUUUGUCUGGCAACGAAAAGGGUGUGGCCAGAAAAGAACAUAUAGAUGCUGGGAAAACUAAGAAAGUUUAGAGUCCACCAGCUCUUCACAGUGGUCCUGGUCCCAUGGGCCUGGGGACGAUGAUGUAAAGGCACAAGUAUCGAGUGCCAAAGACACAAGACCCAAAGGGGAGUAUGGGUGCAUGCUCCCCCAGAAAAUUAUGAAAUUUAGUCAGUUUCAUGCACUUUAUGGGGAGAUUUUACCGAAUUGUGGUAGUCAGAAAACGUGGUAUAUUAGAAUAGCAAAAUUGCUCAAACUGAACUUCAAGGUUUUCUUGCUCUUACUCUAGAUGAUUUGAAUGUUUUCUUGCCCGACAAAUUAUUGAAUAUUUGCCCUACCAAAUUGCUUUUCUUAAGCAUUAGGGGGGUGUCACCCCCCCUCUAGGGUUUAUGUCCCUGUCAGGAAUUAUGUUAUGUAUUUAUGCGUAAAUUAUACAACGGACUAAUUACGCAUUCAGUUUACACUGCCCAGCAUAGCCUGCGUGCAGGCCCAAGGGAACUGAUAGUGGGCCUGCAACCAUCGCCCGGUAUUUUGUAAAACGCCCCUUUUCAUAACACGCCCCAUUCGCGCGUCAAUUGUCAAAAAAGAACCAAUGACAGCACACAAAUAUUAACAAACAAACUCGCAUUAAAAUUUGCGGGGUUUUCUCUGCUUAUUCAGAACACUAAUAAACAAUGUGUAAAUGGCUGCGUUUUAACUCCAAAAAAGCAAGCAACGCAGUCAGUAAUUGCCAAAUUUGCAAGUGCUCAUUUUCAACUAAAAUCGGAACAGGCAAAUUAGGACGAAUUUCAACAGAAAACCAGUCUCAAACUUCAAGUCAUGAGGGAAGUCGUGCGACCACAUUAGGAUUUAUAUUAUGUGUGCUUCGCUGUCGCCAUUGCCAUUGUUAAUAUAAAUAAAUUGUCUCACUUAUCAGAUCGUGUGUGCAAUUCUUGUUGGCGGCGGAAAGUACGAAAUUUAUUUCAUUUGGUAAAGAAUUCUACAAAAGAAGAGAGCGUCUUCCGAGUCCAGAUCGUUUUGUUUCAAACGGCAAUUUAAUACCGCCUUCUGUUUCGCUCUCUCAGCGAAGCCUUGUAAAUCGCAAAGUGUUUCGAAUAGGCUUACAGUCCUUACAUGCAACUGCAUCUCAACAUCAACCAAAAGAUAAUUUUCUUGAGGAAGUGAGAACACAUAACGUAUCAACUGAAGUCUGUUUGAAAUUAAUGAAAGUAACGGUUACUAUAGUUUACCCCAGUCGUAAUUUGCUAUUCCAACACCUCACGACAAGCAAUCCCCAUUGGCAUAACGGCAAAACAUGUCUUCCUUCAAGUAAACAAUAAACAGUCUGUUCUUGUUCCAUUUUAAUUGUAAUCGAAAAAAGUGAUCAAUUUUCAAUUUUUAAGCUUAUCGAGAGCCUUUGUCUAUGCCUUUGUGAUGAAUCGCUGUUCCCUUGGGCCUGCAUGCUAGGUUAAUUAAUUACCGAUCGCCUCAGCUAGCCAAUGGGAAUUUAGCCGGCGGUUCGGCCGGCGAAAAUCGAAAACAUGGGGUGAUGGUUGCAGGCCCACUAUCAGUUCCCUUGGGCCUGCACGCAGGCUAUGCCCAGCAAAGCAAGACAAACUUUUGCUUAAUGCUCAUCCAAAUUUUGGUCACAAUUUAACCAAUUUGUCCUUGGGCAGUGUCCUUUGUCCCACAAAUUUUUGUACUAUUUUAUCGUGCUUGCUGACUGACUGACAAACACAGACACACAAACAUACCGAAACGCGAAUGAAAACAGAACCUCUUGGCGGAGGACUAGUGGACUACUAAUAAUACUGUAGGGUGCAUUGGAUUUCCUAUAUUGAUUUUCCUAGAUUUGAUAUUGAUUUCCUAAGCAGUGCAGACAUGAACUGUUUCAGUCUCUGACAUGUGAAAGGUGGCACGUUGAUGUAACUAAAACAAUAGAUGUUGAAUUUCUUGACAUCACUUUCUCUACAUUCAUUCAUUCAUUCAUUCAUACGUCUUUAUUAAAAAUAUAUCAUAAUUAUUGGAGUUGCAACAAACGUGCAACUUUACAGUGCAUAUAAGAUAUAUAUAUAUAUAUAUAUAUAUAUAUAUAUAUAUAUAUAUAUAUAUAUAUAUAUAUAUAUAUAUAUAUAUAUAUAUAUAUAUAUAUAUAUAUAUAUAUAUAGUAAUAUAUAUAUAGUAAUUAGAUUUUUUACAAAUGUGUUAACGUUACAGUUAAUAGACUUAAUAUAUACCGUAUAACAAAAUUUUAAAAGUCAUCAAAAGUUGUUUAAAACGUUCAGUGCAUAUGAGAAAUGCUAAUUAGAUUAUUUACAAAUGUGUUAACGUUAUAGUUAAUAUAUAUCGUAUAACAAAAUUUUAAAAGUAAUUAAAAAGACACUUGUUCAAAAAUGAUUGUUUAAAACGUUCUGUGUAAACUUUUGGUAACAUAAAUUGAUGAUCGCGUUCUCUUAAAGGUCGUUGACGUUCUUCCGGUAACAACUCAUAUAGGCAAUGUUCAGGAUUGUGCAUGACCUUAUUGAACAAUAAUCGAUCCCUCUCCUCAAUCUUGGCCAUUGAAUAUUUAUUUUGAGUGUAUCCAUAUCGGAAUGGACGAUUGAGAAACUUGUUGAAUUUAUCAAUGUAUUUCGCUUGCAAAGCCGAUCCCCAUACUUCAAUUGUAUAGUAAAAUAACGACAGGAUCAAUGAAUCGAACAAUUUAGUUAAGUUCAUUUAGCGAAUAUCCGUAGAAUUUACAAACUCUCAGGAUGUAAAUUUGACUUCCUGCCUUUGACAACAAGCUAUCUACCUGCUUGUCCCAACAACGUGGGUUUUCUUGAAAGGUGACGCCAAGUACUGUAGUUUUAACCAUUUUUUACGUCGUAUUCCAUUAAUAAGGGGGGGGGGGGAAGGAAUGGCAGGUGAAUGAGUACAUAGUAACAUUUCCCAUGUUUUUUUAAAGUUGAGUUUCAUUCUAUUGUUGCUUGCCCAACUCUCAAUGUUAGUUACCUCGUCCAAAGCCGAGUCACCAGACGAUGUGACAGGAACACUCACUGUUAAAUCAUCUGCAAACUUGACCAAAUUGUUCGUUGGUGGAUGUUUGGCUUCAAUGUCGUUGGCCAUUAACGAAAAUAAGAAGGGACCAAGAACUGCACCUUGAGGUACUCCUCUGUUGAUGUUGACAAAAUUGGUAACAGUUCCAUCUACAGUAAAUCUCUGUUUCCUACACGAUAUAUAAUUAAUGAGCCAAUUGAUAAUAUAUGGAUUAAGAUUUGUUGAUUCAAUUUCUGUGUUAAAAUAUCGUGGGGGACGCUUUCAAACGCUUUACUGAAAUCGAAGGAUAUUACACGAAUGAAGUUAGCCUUAUCGUCUAACCAUUUUAGCCAAUGAUGCUGGCACUUCAUGAGAACUACAGUAGUGUUUGAGUUUUCCCUAUAAGCAUACUGGUUCUUAUCAAUAAUCAAUUUUGAGGGAUGACGAAUCUCUUCUUGAAAUAUGAUCCUUUCGAAGAGUCGCAUAAUAACGUUAGUCAACGAUAUUGGUCUCAAUUGAUCGCAUUCGGUUAACGGAGAUUCCUUAGGUAAUGGGCUUAGAUUCGCUAGCUUCCACAUACUAGGUACACACUGCUGUCUCAAAGAAGAAUUCAAUACAUUUGUAAGAACUGGUGCAAAAUAGCAGGCAAAAUUCCUCCAAACCCAAUACGGAAUACCAUCCGGACCAGGUGAUGUUUGUUUUUGUCUCGUCAUAAAGUUUUCAACAGUUUUGAUAUCAACAGUUGGAACUCGAGUUCCUUCAGGGAUUGUCAAUGGAUCAGGUCUCACGUACUCAUUAUCAGUGUUUAUACCUUGAAAGUAAGCAUUCAUAAUUUCUGGAUCGAUAAUAUUACUAAUAUUUUCCGACCUAGAUCCUCUUCCAGUAAUUUGGUUAACGGUUUUCCACCAUUUUCGAGAACCGUGUCUGUAAUUGAUUUUAUCGUCAUGAAUGGCUUUGACAUGGUUUUCUCGAAUAAGUUUAUUUAUCUUCUGUUGAAUUAGGCCAGUAUCAGCGCCUCUCAUAAGUUCCCUAUUCCGUACAUUACACAGAUGCUUUACAAGCGGAGACAUAAAUGGUGGAUCACGAGUCAACAUUUUGACUUUAAUCGUGGGAAAGCACUCAUUGAACAUAUUACAAAGAGUUUCAUUCAACAACUCGACUCCUUCGUCAACAUAGUCAGUGUUGGCAUCGUAAAUCCGGCUCCAGUCAUAUACCUUCAAUUUAUUCUCCAUUUUUAUUUUACGGUGGUACGUCACAUCACGAAAAUAUACAAAUUUUCUUCACAACAACCGCAGAAUGAUCAGAGCGUACCAAACAUCUAAAGACUAUAGGAGCCUUCCAUAAAUGAGGGAUAUUGGUCAAGAAAACAUCCAGUAUCCGAGCACCUCUAGUAGGUUUCCUCACGAUUUGAUCAGUUGUGCUGAAUGCAAAAGUCGUGCAUGCGUAGUUGAUUUACAUCACCAGCAAUAAUUAUUUUGGCAUUAGAUUGCAAUAACAGAAUCUUCUCACAAGUAUUCAGAUAAAAAAUUAAGCAAAUCAGAUUUGUUGUAAAUUGGCUCAGGUGGAUGAUACACUACAGAGACGCAGUAUGAACUAUUCAUAGUGUGAAUUUCGCACCAGAUACAUUUCUACACAAGAUGGCAACCCCACCUCCUGGCCGAAAAUCGCGAUCCUUACGAACUAUAGUAUAACCACUUGGACAUAUUAAAGUUGAGGGGAUGCACUUAUGAAGCCAUGUUUCUGUAAUAAAACAGACGUCUAUAUUGUUAUGGAGAAGUUCAGCCGUCAAUGCUGGUAGAGCAUCAGAUUUGACCAAUGAACGGGUAUUAAUGGCCAUACGUUUUGGAAUUAUCUUAGCUUGAGGGGUCCAUCUUUCAGUAUCUUAAUUGUCUUCAUAUUACUGGGGUUACUUCUAUUUUUGUUCGGGGCCCUUCUAGAAUUUUUAGCAGUAAUUCUAACUGGUAUCGAAGCCGUUAUACCAUAAUGUAUUGAUCUCGUGUUUUUACUCUUUCGAGAUGUUGUUCUUAUUGGUAUUGUACUAGCCAUUAUACAUACGUUGAGGAAUUUCCCCCAAAUUUCACUCAGUUGUAAAAAGCGUUCAAAUUUCACUCAGUUCUCUUGAUUUUUUUUCAUUUUAGAUGGAGGGAAAGAAACUCCUGAACACCCUAAUAGCAGAAAUAGGAAAGGCGCAGGAAAGGGACGAAAUAGUAACAAGAGAAACAGCAGCAGCAAAAAACCAGUACACGUAAAAGAAGUAGGUGCGCAUGAAAAUCAGGAUGGGAAGAUUGUUCUUGAAGGGAAGAAAGAAGGCGAAAAUAGAACCAAAUUGUUUGUUCACAGUUCCUGGCUUGCCGUUCACAGUCCGUACUUCAAAGCUCUGUUUUAUUCUGGUAUGAAGGAAACCCAUUCAAAGGAAGUGGUUAUGAGAAUUCAUGAAUCUGAAUUGCAAGCUCAUUUGCUUUUAAUCGAAGCGAUGUACAAACUGGAUGUAUUGGAUGAUAAAGAUAUUACUUUGAUACUCGAAGUUCUUGUACUAGCUGACAAAUACGAUGCUAACCUAAUGUUUAAAAAAUGCAAAUGUGUUUUGAUUUCAACUCCUUUAUCCUUGGAAACGUGUGAGCAGACCCUUAAUUCUGUUGCUGAAAUACCAGACUGUGCGGAUGUUCUCGAUGCUGUGGCGGCGUUUUUAGUAAAAGAGUUUUCCCCAUUGGACAAGACAUGGACUGCCGACAAGUUCUUAGCACUUUCUAAGGCCUCAUUGAAGUCACUCUUAAGCAAUGAUAAGUUAGUUGUUAUGUCUGAAAACACAGUGUUUGUUGCUUUGAUGGCCUGGCUUCACGACCAUAGAGAAGAAGCGGCGCAAGACGGACGUUUCUUUUUAUCGUUAGUGCGGUUUGAAUUGAUGACUCCAAAUUUCAUUUAUGAUAUUGUACGCCAUGAUACAAUGGCGAAAAGUUUGGAUGGUUUCCACGAAAUUCUUCUUGACGGUUUCGCAUACCACGCUCUUCCACAAUCGAGAAUUAAUCAACUCAACGUUAAGCCAAUUUCCCGUUCAGGUUACACUGAUAGUGGUCCAACAUUUUCAUGGGUAAUUGAUCAAGAGGAACAAAGAAUGCUGAUUGAAGUCGACACAAUCUUUUCAAGCAUGUUUUGGUUACAGGGAUACAGGAUGGGACUUAAAUUGAACUAUGAGAAAGUGUCCAAAAAAUAUUCUAUGUAUCUGUACCUGUAUAAUUUGAAGGAGGGGCAUGUUGAAAUCGAUUGGAAUGCCAAGUCAGAUUUGUUUUCUAAAAAGGUCGUCUGUUGUAAAUCAUGUACGUACACAACUUCGUCCACGGGUUAUGGUGCGAGAGAUUUGCAAAGUAAUAAGGUACCGUCCAUAGAAGCGAACACCCCAACACGAAUAGUACAAGUCUGGGUUCAUAUCUCGUAACUUGCUACAGUCAUUGGGAUCUUGACAUAAUUUAUUCCAGAACUAUAGUGCAUUCUGCAUGCAGCCUGGAUGAAAAGUAGUUUCGGUUAUUCCGUAUAUUGUUAUGUUAAAAAGAAGCGCAACAAUCCUUGUGUAUGUAACAGUGACUAACCACCAAUUGAACUUGCCAUGUUAAAAUAUUCAUCAUGUUAUACAAGUGCAUAUUAUUGUUAGAAACAACACAUACAAAACAGGAAUACUUGCUUUAGGCAAUUACUGCAUGCGCCCUGCUCAUAUCCUGUAUUUAUGAAAGUUUCACGUGUCAACAACGUGUUCUCAAAUUUCAUUGACGAAGCGAGGUGAUGGAAUGCCUUCAUCCAGCUGUAUUUUAUUUAAAUAAGGAAAGCGAAUAGAGCUUUUAUGGUAUAGGUUUACAGAAAUGACUGUUAAGGGAAUUCAAUAUUUUUAUAUUUAUAUUUUAAAACACAGUUAAUUAGUUAUAAACAGCCACGAUCGGGAAUAAACUGUAACGUUUUCUAAUAAAGACGUUUACUAAGUUUCUGCACAGUUUUCGCUCCUGCAUCAAAGAUGUGGAAAAAAUUUGGUUGUCAAAGGAGGAAGGUAUCAAGUGAACCUAUGGUGCUUGAAUAUAAGCGUGGUGCUAUAGAAAUCGCUAAUAUGCAAAGGUAUUUCAUUAUUUUCAAGAAAAUAAACAAAAU